AGCUCCUCCCACUGGCUGGUCUCUGGUCUGCAGAGAUAGGCUCCGUAAACAGGCCCGUUAUUGUGCAGCAUGGCAGCGGCGCUGUCCCGAGCUCUCAAACUGCCCGGUAAGAAGGGCUCGGACCUGGGCGAGUAUGACCCCCUGACCCAGGCCGACAGUGAUGACGACAGUGAGGAAGAUGACCUGGUGCUUAACUACCCCCGGAACGGGCUGGGGCGGGGCGGCUGUCUGGGUCCGGGUGCAGCAGAACCACGGGGCAGCAGAACGAGGCUGGAGGAGGAAGAGGAGGAGCUUGAGGAGGAAGAAGAACGUGGAGUGGGGUCAGGGAAGAGGCAGGAUGGGACAGGAGCCGGGGUGGGGCCGGGCCAGGUGGGAGAUCCGGAGGGUAAGAAGGCGAGGCAACGAGGAGCCAUGCGAACUACUGCCUUCCUGCUGCCACUGGUCUGUGCUACACUGACCGUGCUGCUCUGUGCAUUCUUGCUGCCCUGCAGGCCGGGGGCACUAGAGCACCCACAGUGGGAGACCCAGCUGGGGGAUGUUGGAGGUGUGAAGUCACCUCCAAUGGCAUUAUGGGAUGUGGACGGUGAUGGAAUUGAGGAUUUGCUGAUCGCAGUCACCAAACUUUCCAACAACAGCCAGCAGAUCAGUUCCCUUAGCAACAGUAAAGAGUAUAGUGUGGUGGCUCUGGACGGGGCGAGCGGGGAGGUGAUGUGGAGUCGUUCUCUGAAGGAAACCGUGUCCUCGCUGCAGUGUGGUCUGCGGACCACCUUUCCACAAAACUCUGCAGCUCAGAAAGAGAAUUUUCCUCCCGUCUGUCUCCUCAUCACCCCCUCUCACCUCACUGCCAUCAACGCCUCCUCAGGUAAGAAGCUGUGGAGUGUGCCGGCGGGGGAGGUGCAGUCUCGGGCUGUAGCGGUUCCGGACCUGCAGGGGGACGGGGUUCUGGACCUGCUGAUCGCUACGCUACCUGCAGACCAGGUGUCGGAUCUGUCUCUGGUCCUGCACUCAGGGAUGGAUGGCGCUCUGAUUGGUCGCCCAGUGAACUUCAAUCUCACGGCAGAUGGAAAGCUGAUUGGUCCGUUGCUGCAUGAGACAGUAGUGGGAGCUUACUACAUUUUGAUUGGUCUGGGCACUGUAGAGGCUGUUCCUCUGAGGGAUGUUUACAAAAAAGCAACAAAUGGGAGUGCCCCGCCCCUCAGCCUCGGCCUAAAGGACCCCAUCUGGGAGAAACAGAGGAGGAGCAACCGAUCCAGUCUGAUACACAUCUACAGUGGUACCGAUCACGCUGAGUACCUGCUCCCCCUGGUGGCCGGAGUGAGUAAAAACCGCAAUAAUCUGGAUGCUCAGUCGAACAGGAACUCCAGCCGAAGCAACUGGGUCCUGAUGAGCACCAACAGCAAGGUAUCUGUCAUCAGAGAGAGAGACACACACACCUCCUGGACCAUCAACUCCACCUUACACAGUCCUCCUGCUUUUGGUCACUUUAAUGAUGAUGGAGUUCCUGACCUGCUGAUUCAGCAAUCUGCCAGCGGAGUCCGGAAGGUUCAGAUUAUCGACGGAGCUCGGGGAGUGUGUCUGUGGGAGGCGGAGUUUGUGUGUCCUCUUUUGGUUCUGGAAGGUUCCACCAUUCAGACCACGGCCGGUCAAUCAGUGUUUCUGUUCUGGGCUGGAGACCCUCUUUCACCCUCCAGGAACACUACCAAGGUGAGCACGCCUGAGCCCAUCGUCCGCAGGCUGUUCCUGCUGCACCCGGCAUAUCCCACAGUCCUCCAGCAGCUCAUCAGCACCACUGACACGGCACUGACCGCUAUAGUCAGUUAUCAGGACAUACAGAAGGACUCCUCGUACGUGGUGGUUCUGUCCCGGCCCGUGUCUGGCCUGGGCCCGGGGGCUAAGGUGGUGAAGAGUGUGAGCGUGAGGGCGUCGCUGGCCACCGCACUGACCGUCCAAUUGGAGCAGGACAAUAAAGCUGCCGGCAGCUCACACACGCCCAGCGCCUUCCAGAUCAACAAGUUCUUCAAACAGCUCUCCUUCAGACAGCAGUAAGAGCCUGCUAAUUCUCCUCCAUUACUACCUGUGGAAAACCACCAUCAGACCUCGAGCUACGGACACACAGCCGGAUCUUGCCACACAGAGGAGGCAAAUGCAGGUCCUGUACAAACCCACUCCAGCUCUACACAGAGCCCAACAGGCCGUUGGAACAAAAUCUGGGCAGAUUUUAACUUUGUGGAACUGCAUUUGCCUCCUCUGCUCCCACACGACCACAGCUCUGCUUUUAACCCUGUUUAAAACCUGCAGCAUGUUUUACAUUUAACCAGUCACUACCUGAACGGGCAUUCCACUACGUUUUUAUUAUUAUUUUAAUUUGUGCAUAUAUUUGAAUGUAUUUAUUGGUAUUUAUUUUUCUUGAGAGAUGGUGGCGAUUAUGUUUUGCUUGUUAAACUUGAACACAGACCUGAGAGAGACCACUAAUAUUGGUACGAGAUCCACUAACUAACUAACUGUUUAGUGAGAUUUUUAAAGAAAUAAUGUGUAUAUAUGGGCUUAAUGUAAAAAACAGGGCAGACUGCACUGAACGCCAUCGAGAUGUAAAUAUAAUAUUCAGAAUUCAGAUUAGCACAGAUACAUUAUGCUUCAGCUUAGAUCUUUAGCUGCGCUGGCAUGCAGGCCUGUCAAAAUCCUAAAAUUUAGCUUAUGAUUACAUCUGAGAGCUACUUUACAAUUAGACUUUCCUCAUAAAAAGUUCAUGAAUGGUUUAAAUGAGUUUAUUAAUUAGUAGUAAAUAAAUAGUGAAGCCACAUUUACUUAUACAGUUAAACCUCAGAUGUUUCUGGAUACUUAUCCUAGUUUAUAACUCAGCAUUUAAAUUUUCAGCCUCAUAUAUUGCAAGUUUAUUUUAUUUUAUUACCAACGGCACAUAUUUAGUUAUUACUGAUAAUGUGGUGUACUUCAGCACAUUAAAUGACUAAAAUGACAUCUAUAUUUAAUAACCAUGACAUUUUUAGUAUGCUAUAUGACAUAUUCAUGAUUGCCACUGGUAUUAAUAUUAUACAGUAAGAUGCUUAUGUAUAGCUGAAGGUACUAUUGAUUUUUAUGUUAAUGUGGUAAAUGUCUAUGAAUUAUUUAAAGAUGUUUACAAUCUAAAUAAUAACCAAUAAGAAAGUAAUUUAAAUAAUUUAGAAACUUUUUUAUGAGGGUAGUCUUACUUUAAAGUGGUACCAUAAAUCUGUAAUAAUUAUUAUUUUUUUACAGCAAUUAAUCCAUUUAUCCAUUAUUCCAACUAACCAAUUUGUUUUCUAGCUCUGUUUAUUAUUAGCUAACACUAGGUUUUACUGACCACUUACACACUCACAUUCACACUUACACAAGUGUCUAAGUUGUACAGAAUCACGUCAAGCAAAGCUUGUAUUUUUAUUCUCAGAGUGAAAAUAGGUAAAAAACACUACAAGCAUGCUAGCAACAUAAGUGUUAGCUAUCUCUCAAAUAAAAAAAACUUCACUGUGCUGGGUAAAUUGAGUGUGUUUAAUAAGUUAACAGAACAAGAACCUGUGUCUUACGUUCUGUGAGAUAAACUUAAGCUAUAUCCACAAAGAUGUUUUAAGUCUGUUUUAAAAUAGGAACAUGUCGAUACAUGCAGGUUUAUGGUGUGUUUAUGGAUGGUGAAUAAGUUUAAGUGGGAAACUCUCUGAAACAUUAAUUUUGGAAGUGUAAACUGCUGAAGGCUGCUGUUUAUUUGCUUUAAAUUUAUGUUAAAUAAAUUCCAAAUAAAAGUCCAAUUAAGCAAACUUUAUUUAGAACAUCAAUAAGCAGAAAUAGUAUUAUAAAUCGUCGGCUAAUUACCGGUGUAGAGACUUUUAUUCAACCCAACACCAGUGGAACAACCACCACACACCCCUCCACAGACCCUCCCCACACCCCCAAAUAACCAAAUGCAACACAGAUACAAUAAGUAUACAAUACAAUAUAACCCCAACAAUAAAGAAUGGGCAGCCACCUAGCAUGCUGGGUCUUUAUAAUCAAGGCAGUUCUCUCUGUGCCCAUUUUUUUUAACGCCACCAUGCAGUUACAUUCACUCAUACAAAACCAGCCUCCUACCUGUUUGAAAUAGUCUAAACUGAAGAUCUAAUGACAUUUUAGAAUCAGAAACAUAUUUAAAAUCUUUAAUAAAGUCUGAAAAAAACACCUCAUGAACCCUUUCUAGCAUUAGACUCUACAAUGCAUAAAACUCAUUUCAUUUUUUCAUCCAGUUCUGGCUACUGCGCUUGUGCAUAUCUCCUUAUUGAGAGGGAGAGGGGCUUCUUCACUAGCAGGCUGACCUUCCUCCACUCAGAGAGUUAGCAGCAAGCUGAUUGGCUCUUUUUUGAUGAAGGGUGAGACUUCAUCCUUAAAUGGAAGCUGGGUUGAGAGUUAUGAGAACUCCCAGUGGCUGCACUACUCAUUAAUUAUGUCUUUGGAAUGGCAUCACCACAUUAUGUGGUGAAAUAUUUGUUGUUUUUGUGAAAUGUUUUUCGUGUUGAGUUAAUGCAAUAACUUUUUUAAUAUGUGUUUUUUUUUAUUUACAUUGACCUCAACCUUAAAAACCCAGUCCAUGCUCCACACAUAUAUAUAUGAUAUAUUUGUCAACAACUGGAACAACUGUAGGAAAUGAUUCUGUUCAGUAAAAUAUUUAUGAUUGACUCAAACAUCUGUGAUAUGGUAAUUAUGUAUAAUAUUAUAAUUAUGACAGGCCUGCUGCCAUUCUCUUCUUCUUAGUGAUGAUUUUAUUCCUUUAUUCCUCUUGCUGAUGUUCUUUUCUCUCUAUAAUCUCCUGCUGAAUGUGACGGUGUGUAGAUGUGGAUCUAUUGCUGUAUAAUGUUUAUUGAACCCACUGAAGCACUGCACAGCUUCCAUUCCUGCUCUGAUCUGAGAACCUCUUCGCACUUGUGGUUCAGAGGCUUUUGAUUUCUGUUCUGUUUCAGGUGAACUUUGUAUUGCUGCAUUAUUUUGAGUUACAGCUGGACAAACGAACAAUAAAACAACCAAAUCCGCUGCUAAAGAA